GCGUCCCUCCGCCCAGGGCGGAGCCCUUGGAGCACGCUGCCACUCGUGUAGCUGGUUAAGCGACGACGGGGCCACCUGCGUUGCGGCUACUAACGGGGUCUGACCGUGGCGAGGCGGCGGUCUGCAGCUGCUCGAUUGCUGGAUCUGCCAAGCACCUUCAAGUCAACGCAGCAAUGGCUGCCGUGGGGACACCAAGACUGCAAAUGUUUGCUGGGUUAGAACUUCUUACGCUGCUUCUUUCCCAUCUAUGCUGUGGUGCUUUAGUCAAACCAAUAGUUGAUCCAUACAUAGCAGCAGUUUGGGGAAAGAAUGUUACAUUGAAAUGUACAAUCGACAUGAAUGAAACCAUGAUACAAAUUUCUUGGGAAAAACUGCAUGGUAAAAGUGCGGAAACUAUUGUCGUAUAUCAUCCUGAAUAUGGGUUUUCUGUUCAAAGAGAAUACCAUGGAAGAGUGUCAUUUAAAACCUCUUCGUUCAGUGAUAUAACAAUUGUCCUAAACAACGUGAGUUUCUCUGACGCAGGAAAGUAUAUAUGCAAAGUAGUUACAUUCCCAUUAGGAAAUGCAGAGUCAUUAACAACUGUAACUGUAAUUGCUGAACCCACUGUGAGCUUUACAAAGGAACCAACUCCCUUAAUAGAUAGUCAAAAUUGGACAGUAGUAGCCAUGUGUAUAGCAGCCACAGGAAAACCUGCUGCAAAUAUAAGUUGGGAAGGAGACUUUGGUAAAAUGAAAUUGAAUUAUAUUUCCUUUCCAAAUAGAACGGUAACAGUUAUAAGCCAAUAUAAGAUCAUUCCCACUAAGUUUGCAACGGGAAGGCGUAUAACUUGUAUUGUGAAACACCCAGCUUUGGACAGGGAAAUAAGGUAUUCUCACAUACUAGACAUCCAAUAUGCUCCUGAAGUGUCAAUAACUGGCUAUAAUAAGAAUUGGUUUGUUGGACAAAAAAAUGUUCAACUUAAGUGCAAUACUAAUUCUAACCCGCCGCCUGUAAAGUUUACCUGGGCCAGACUAGAUGGACAAUGGCCUGAAGGCUUACUGUCGGUAAACAGUGCUUUGCAUUUCAAUAGCCCAUUAACCCACAAUCAUGGCGGAACUUAUAUUUGUAGGGUGACAAAUUCCCUUGGUCAAAGCAGCGAUCAAAAGACUGUUCACGUGUUAGAUCUCUCUACCAUCACUACUACACAAUCAUCCACGGUUCCACGGUAUCCUUUAACUGAUAACAUUGCGAGUUUGGCAUCGGCCUUAACCUUAACAGCGAUGCCGGAAAGCAAUUGGGGUACCAUUAUCGGUAGUGUAACGGGUGCAGCUUUCUUUCUAAUAUUUGUAAGCAUUUUAGUUGGAGUUAUCUGUUACGGAAGAAGGCGCACGUUCCGUGGCAGCUACGUCAUUGAGGACCACACUCCGUCGACUGACGUAGAGGAAGAGUCUCAAGUAGACGUUUCCCAGUCAACUGUUUAAUAAUUAUUGUUAUAAGUUCAAGUUGUCAUAUUUUUUAGUUUGUUAGAGACCAGUUUAUAAAGUUAUUUGUUAAUAUA